GGAUAAAGCAAGAUGGCGUCUGACGGUGAAGACGUUAUUGCAGUCGUCACAGUUCAGUGUUCUUAAUCUGUGCGUCCAUGUACACAUAUAUGUCCUUUAUUACACUCUAUUAAAUAGAGUCAUAAUAACUGUUUGUAUAUUAGUCUGAGCGCACUUUGAUGCUUCUCCAGCUAGCUUAGCUUGCUAGUUAGCUUAGCUUGUUAGCUGCUAACAAAGAGAGAUGAAAACACAUCGCUAAGCAGAGAUCAAGUGUGAGUGUAAAGUGUUGUGAUUGUGUGAAAAUGUGCGAAAGAACCAUAGCAGAGUACGAGGAGGAACUUUGUCCAACAAAAGAGGAGAAGGAGCGACAACAUGAAAAACAUCAAGUUGUGUUACACACAACAGACAUCCAUCAGCUGAUUGGACACCAAGAAGAAUGUCUCCCUCAUCUGCAGGGGGACAGUUUCACUUCAGAGGAUCCACAGCCCUCACACAUGAAAGAGGAAGAGGAGGGAGAGUGUGUUGUAGGGCAGGAGGAGGAUGAUGUCAGCAAGUUUCCACUGACUGUUGUCUCUGUGAAGACUGAAGAGCAUGAAGACAAAGCACCUGAGUCCUCACAGCUUCAUCACACGGGGAGUCAAGAAGAGAUUCCCUCCAAGCAGCAGGAGUGGAGCUCCAGUGUGGGACAGAAGGAGCUGGAGCCCCCACACAUUAAAGAGGAAGAGGAGGAACUGUGGGAGCAGCUUCAAAGAUGGAAGAGUGAUUUUACAAGACACAUUAGAAUACAUACUGGAGAGAAACCUUUUACUUGCUCUGUUUGUAAGAAGAGUUUAUCCAGAAAGGAACACAUGACCACACACAUGAGAACACACACUGGAGAGAAACCUUUUGCUUGCUCAGCGUGUGCUAAAAGAUUCAACACUAAGAGGAAAAUUAUAUUACACAUGAGAACACACACAGGUGAGAAACCUUUCACUUGCUCUGUUUGCAAGAAGAGUUUCUCCACAAAGGAACAAAUGACCAUACACAUGAGAACACACACUGGAGAGAAACCUUUUGCUUGCUCAGCUUGUGCUAAAAGAUUCAACAAAAAGAAUGACAUGAUAUUACACAUGAGAACACACACAGGUGAGAAACCUUUUACUUGCUCUGUUUGUAAGAAGAGUUUCUCCAGAAAGGAACACAUGACCAGACACAUGAGAACACACACUGGAGAGAAACCUUUUUCUUGCUCAGCUUGUGCUAAAAAAUUCAACACUAAGAAGAAAAUUAUA